AUUUCAGCUGAUAGAGACAAAAGGACAUUUAGAUAUUUCAAAGUUUAGGUAUGAUAUCAUGGAAAUAUUUUUAAGAAUUUAGUUUUAGUUUAUUUUCAUUAGAAAAUGCUUUGGUUUCUUAGUUCAUUCAUAUGCUCUUUGGGAGAAACCACAGGUAUCCCAUCUCUAGAAGAAGUUAUUCAAAGUGGGUUUGAGAACCAAAAUGUCGGAACAGAGAUUAGCGUACAAAAAUUGAUUGUGUUUUGUUACCAAAUUACGUUGUUGUGGGCAGAAACAAAACCUGGUGCAGCAAUCAUGAGUUUUGCAAGGCUGCUUUCUCGAUGUGCCUCUUCUGUGGGUAACAGUUAUAACAAUAUAAAUUUUCUUUACAAUGUUGGCUCAAAACGUUUUCUUUUUGGCUUGUCGAAGUCUUGUAGAUGUCGUUUAUACUCACCUAAAAUCCCAGGAAGUAUUUCAAUGAAUGAAUUUGAUCAGAGAAACGCCGUAAAGCUGAGAACAAACGAGCACCCGGGAAAAAAACUGCGAGAUAAGAUGAGCAACACCUAUACCUCAAGGGAAUUGCUGGAACUGUACAAGCGAUUUAACAGCGGUGUCGCGGUUUCUGAUCGUGUAAAGAUUCUUGUACGCUUAGCGAAAUUUAAAUAUGAUGCUCAGCUACAGAAAAACGAUCCAUCGGAGAUUGAAAUACUAGAUUUACUUCUUGAAGAAAUCAAGCAUAACGCCUCAGAGCUGAAACCAUUUGAAGUUGCAGAUGUUAUUUGGUGUCUAGGAAAACUCGAAGUUUUUCCUGACACCUUUUACUAUUUUAGCAGUCUGCUAGACUCAAUGGAAAUUGAAUCAUUUUCAAACACCGACCUUGCUAUGAUAAUGUGGGGUCAUGGUAGAUUUGCUGGAAUUUCGCCCAUUCUUUACAGCCGUUUAAAGAGAGAGAUCCUCACCAGGGGUGUUGAGAAUUUCCAGACACGAGAACUCUGCCAGAUUGUAUGGUCUGUGGCAAGGACGCUGAAAGGGAGUGCUAAGCUGCUGGCUGCCAUUCGGGAUGAAAUCCAACAGCAAGAUAUCUCAAAAUUUAAUAAGCAAGAUCUCUUGAUGUUCAUGUGGGCUUACUCUGAAGCAGGGUUGAAUGUCAAACCACUGUUCCGUUAUUUCAAAGCAGAGCUCCUAAGUGGCAAUCACCUUGAAGUGUUCAGCCUUCGGGACAUUUCCCAGGUAGUUUGGGCUUUUGCUAAUCAAGGAAUUAAAGCUCCAGAGUUAUUUGCCAAGGUUGAAAGGGAACUUUUGCUAAGGAGGGAAGUUCACUUUGAUGCUCAGAGUUUUGUUGUAAUUGCAUGGGCAUUUGCCCACACUGAUAAUGCAACACCAAGACUUUUCAAGUUCUUAGAAGGCAAACUGAUAAAUAUAAACUUGAGAAACUGGUCAUUGCAUAGGCUUUCAAGGGUUCUAUGGGCAUUUGUGAAAACAGGGCAUUUGACCAUGAAAAUACUAGAACAGAUUUCCUUGGCAAUGCUUGGACAUGAUUUUGCGGAAUUCAGUCAGUCUUCCCUGGAAGAGCUAGUCUAUGCCUUGCAAGAGACAUCAUUACGACUCCCGCCUCAACUUGUAUCUGUAGUUGAGGCUGAAUUGGUAAGGAGAGCUAAUGGCCAAAAGUCAGGUUGAUGUUGUGUUUGUUGUAUUUUUAGCAACAUCAUGAAUAUUGGAAGGAGUCUGUAAGAAAAUACUGCUUGUCUGACUAAUUGCUUUUAAAAAGAUUACAAGUGAAAACUUGUGAAAUUUAAUGGAUGUAGAAAAAUCAUAUAUUUUUUUGUGCUUUUAAGGGCCCUGCAACAAAUUUUAAUCAAUGUUUGUACAAGCCUCGGUACAAGGAGCCAUCAUAUCAUUUUUUUAGAUUUAAGACUGAUAAGGCAUAGAGAAUGUUAUCAAAACAACAGAAACAAACAGUGACAAGUGAUAAAUAUAAGUAAAAUUUAGUCACUAAUGCUAUUCAGAAUCUCUGAUUCUUAAAAAUGAUAUUGCAUCAAUUUUUAUUUUGAACGGAGCUUGAAAUAACUUGUCUUAUAGCUUCGUAAGCGGAGCCCCAUAGGUAUAGAAAUGGUCUAUAACUAGGCGACUCAGUUUUUUUGGUCGAUGACGUCAUUGUCACAAGCUGCCAGCCAGCCAGCCGCGAUCUGCCUCGGCACAGGCCACCAGAGCACGCAAAACAUUAUAUGGCGAGUGAGUAUUUUUGCCCCUCUCAUAAACACACGAAAACUGACUGCAGAAAAGCCAAGAAUUGUCGAAAAAGAAGUGCUUGAAAAAAAUCAUUCGUGGGAAUGCUAACCUCUGAUAUGAACUUGUCUAAUUAUGUGCAAAAGACUGUGUAAAAGCAUGGUUGAAAGUUUUGAAGAGUCAAGACUCAAAAUAUAUUAAAAUAUAUUAAGAAAGUACUAUAUAAAAGUUAUGCAACAUUUUGGAGAACCCAGGCACAGUUAAAUCAAAAUAGUGGAAAGCUACGCACUUAUUGCAAGAUCAAGACAAAUUUUAAACUAGAAAAAUAUUUAUCAGAAGCUAAUGUUAGAUGCCGACAAUCUAUGACUAGAUUGCGUGUCUCGGCACACAAACUAGCAAUUUAAACAGGCUGCUAUUAAAAUUUACCUUAUGAAUUAAGGAUUUGUGAAAAAUGUACCAUACCUUAAUGGUAUGCGACUAUGUCAAUGAUAUACGUCAAGUAUUUUUUAAUGAUCAAUUUGCAAUCAAUAACUCUUUCAAACUGUUAAGGCCAAAAGACCUUUUUUUGUAUAUUAUGAGCUUAACAGAUGACUCCAUUACGAGCCUAGUCCUGAAAUUAAAAUUGAGAAGUAAUUAAAUAUUAUGAAUAGAGGAUAGGCAUAUAAGCCAACCUACUUUGUAUAUUAUCCUAAUAUACCUGUAUUGGUAUUUAUUGGAAUAAAGUUAUUAUUAUUAUA